AUGGUCGCCGUCGAACAAGGACUAUUGACAAGAAGCCGAGAGCGAAAUGAACUCGGCGAGCUCGAGCUGGGUCUGAUGUAUGCCAGGGUCAUGACACUCCAAGAGAGUGUGCUGCAAACGAAGCAGCACUAUAUCGCAUGGGUGGUAGCAUACAUCACCGCCGCCCGUCCAGGCUCGAUUACGGUCAGCAAGGGCUACCAGCAGGGUGCUCCCCGCGGCGGCGCUAUGAGCGACAGCAUACCCACGCGCACUGAGGCUCAUACACUCCAGUGGUCCGACGUAAAGUUCGAGAGGUUCGAACAAAACUACUCUUGCCUGGUAACGUUUCGCUUCAACAAAGGACACCAGGACCCGCACCGACAGAGCAGCCGGGACGGCUCCAGAGAGUUCUUUUUUGCCCCCAAACAAGAGCGCCUCCACUUAGACAUCAGUGCCCUCCUGUUUGCGGAAGCGUAUACUCGCGGCCUGUUCGUUCACCCGCUAGACGUUCUGCUGACCAACGACGCUAUUCGUUUCCCUGUAACCAGAGGAGAAGUCGCCAGGCAGGCAGUCUUCGUCGCGGCUAAUACGAAGGGCCAACUCAUACCAGAUCAAGAAAUGCGACAAGUCGCCCUAAACAAACACCUACAGGACUUCAGCCUCGCCGUCGGGAUCCUUUGUUACUUUUCUAUGUAUUCGUUCCGACGACAGGCGGCGCAGGAAGCGAAGAGCGAGUAUUCAAGCGAGGACGCAAUGGCGCUACUCGGCCACCGCGCGAGCAACCCAGAUACUCUCCGCCAUUACGACAAGCAUGGCUUCGACCGAAGGGACAUGACUUCAUUCAGGCUGGGUGGCGUGCAACUCGAAGAUGCAUCCAUACAACUGCAGUGGAUCAAGGACGCAUCGUCCGGAGUACCAGGCAGAUCUCUAAAGCAAGAGGUCCACGCACGCGUACGCCAGAUGAUCAUCUUAGACCCUGAGUACAAGAAAUUCGAGGCCGACCUACACGGCAUCCUAAGCCAAAUCCACCACAAGCUGCAAGAGUGCAACCUCAUCUUGCCCGAAGAAGUAUACAGCAUCGAGAGCCGCAACAUCGGCAAGUGCGAAAAGAUGAUGGGGGGUAUCGAGGAGGCCGCGAUCAUGGAACUCAGGGGAAAGUUGGACGAACGUAUCGUUCUGCGGAAAUUUGCCCGUGUGGCUGUCACUCAGCGCACCAAGGAAGCCCUUCGCAAGAGCAUCGAGAGCACAUCGGCGGAGAGAGGAAGGAUGGGGCAGUAUGUGAACGAGAUGGACAUUAAAGGAGCAGAAGAUGACGAAUACGUGGAAAUCGUCAUCGAGCUCGUCGGCUGGCAAUGCACGGAUCAGUCUGUACGAGCAGCUCAUUUAAGAAAAGCGCCGAAUAGGUCUGCAGACUACAUCAAGACAAAGACUUGCAAAGUAGGUGACCUAAUCUCAACAUCCAUAGUCGAAAAGUUCAUCUGCGUCACCAAGCACGACACAAAAACCAUCGCCACUAUGCUCGUAGACCGCAUGAGCAAACUGAAUGUCAUCCGCUCAGUAGGCUUCCCCCGCUACGUUCAUCGAGCAAUACCAGAUUCAUCGCGACAUCCUGCUGCAUCACUUCCAAACCUUCCGAUGGAACUCCUCCUUUGGUUUAUCGACAAUAAUGGUGUAUCCUCUUGCGACAUCCGGUUUCUCCGCCUUACUUGCAAGGAGGUGAAACUGAAAUGCCGUAACAGGUUCUAUGACACCAUCGAAAAGUCUACUGUAUUCUUGCAGCUAGACGCUGGGUUUCCUGCUCGCGCACUGGCGUUGGCAAAGUACCAGGAGUGGAGUGACAACAUCACGUCCGUCCACCUCGAGGUCCCACGAAACAAGUUCUUCUACGCAUCAGAACAGGUGUAUUGGAAUGGAGGAUGGGACAUGAACACCACAAAGGACAAUUUCGCCGAUAUGUGA